UUCAUUUCUAGCAACACCAUAUUUAUUUCAAGCAUAAACCCUGCACCAUGUAUAGUUGCAAUAUACAUGUUUAAUAUUUACAUUUAAAUUUGUAAUGCACUGACCAAUAUCAUGACCUAAAUGGUAUCCUGCAAGGGAGCCUUAUCUCCAAUAACGUGAAUUUCAAAUAAGGCAUUACUGUUUAUCUCUGGCACAAUGCAGAUCGCAGGACCCAGAUAAGUAUCGUGUGUUUAAUGGCUUUUUAGAGGCCGUUAAAAGGAACAGCGGAAUUCUCCUUUGAAGGGAUUUCAGUCCUAGUGAAAGCUCACGGGAUUUUGGAGUACAACUGUCAGUCAUGUCAGUAAGCCCCGCCCCCUGGUGUAGCUCCUUCUAUAAAAGCGGUCUGGUGCGCUCAGAGAGUGAUCACUCCAACUCCAAUGCUCAGGUUUUAAGGAUGCCUGCUUCUCCAAACGGAUUUGCUCACUAUUUUGUGGACAGAAGCGUCUCCAUGUCUGCUGGAUAUCAGAUGCUGGGCUGUGCGCCGGGGGUCCAGCAGCCUCCUCCUCCUCACCUUGCUGCCAUGGCCGGGAUGCCCGUGCCUUUUUCAGGAAUACCGGGAUACACUUUCAUUCCGUUCCCACAUUCUGGACACAUGUCGCACAUGGGGAGCUCAUACGACUUGAAAUCCGCAUCCCCUUAUCACCAGGCUCUGCUGAGCCGCGGCAGCGCGUAUUUCUCCCCGUACAGAGCGGUGGUGGCGGAUGAGCCCGGACGCGUGGCCAAGGUGGCGAGCAGAGAGAGCACCGGCGCGCUGAAAGCCUGGCUCAGCGAGCACCUGAAAAACCCUUACCCCACCAAGGGCGAGAAGAUCAUGCUGGCCAUCGUCACCAAGAUGAGCCUGACGCAGGUGUCCACCUGGUUCGCCAACGCGCGCCGUCGCCUCAAGAAGGAGAACCGGGUCAGCUGGGCGUCUAAAGCCAAGAGCGAUGAAGAUGAGGAAGCUGAAGAGAGCGAGGGAGAAGAAGAAGAAGACGAUGAUGAUGAUGGCUCCUUGCAGAAAGAUCGAUGCUCGGAUGACGAGGUUGACAUCGAUCCUCAGACUGUUGAUGUUGAUGUUGAGGAGCAGGAGAGCGCGUCUCCGCGCCCAGGUGACACGCGCCUAACGGAAGAGCUCGAGCGCACCAGGGUCCAGGAACAGGGUGACACAUCCGGCUCCGCGGCAGUUACGAGCGGAAGCAGCGAGGCUGGGUGCGAAUCGGCGAGUAAGGAGUGUAAAGUAAGUGCAAAUGGACUGAAACCGAAAAUCUGGUCUCUAGCAGAAACAGCCACUUCCGAUACUCCAGUAAAGAAAAGCAACGAGCAGUGCCAAGAUUUUAGCAAAUGGUGGGCAAACUGGGCGUCCAGGAACAGCUACUUGCCUCCAACCUACUCUGCACACUUCCUUCAACAGAGUUAGUUACCCUGUUAAUGCAACUCAUGCAAUGCAGAUGUUUGCACUUUUGAACUGUUACACUGCUACACCCCAAGAGCUGAACUCUGUGCUAAACUUUUUAUAUCUAUUUUCUGGACCCUUUAGUCCUGAAGUUUACAGUCAAGUGAUGCCUGGUGUCAAACCAAACGAGCUUGAAAUUCUUGUAAAUAAAUUGUAAAUUUUAUUUUGUUGUACACAAUGUAAAUUAUAAAAUGCCUUUACAUGACUAUGAUUCAUUAUUUUUGCUAAAAUAAAACAU